AUGCGAAUGAGAUCAUCUUCCUCCAUUUUGGCAGUGUCUCUGAUGCUGGUGAUGUGUCUGCUGGUUCUCCACUUUCCAGUCAAGGCAAACGCCAACUCGCUCCGCCAUGGAGCCGUCCCGAAUCACAUCAUAACCCCGUCCAGUCCUGUCGUCAUUCCCCACAAAGUUGAGAGUGACAAAGCAAUUCCUGUUAAACGUCAGCGUACCGUUCAAGACGAACUAUCCCAAGUGUUCGCCGCAGCUCCAGCCGUGUCAAGCUCUACCAAAGGCAGGAAGGGCACGGGUGACGCAUGUAUCGGACCUGUGUGCGGUCUCGGCCUCUUCUUCGCAUCCAUCGGCCUCACUUUCGUCGCGUGUGUUGUAGUAAUUUACAUUGCCGACAAACGCUACGACUACGUGCAGAACAGUCGACGUCGUCGAGAUAAAUACUACGACAGUAUGCGUAAACGACGUCCGAGCAAUAGCCACCUCGACUUCCGUCGCAACUGCACAAGCACAGUCAUGCGUCGUCGUGCAGCACAAUAA